AUGCAAUGUGUCGUUCAAUCAGCUGUCUCUCAACCGCUCCCUCUCCCUUCAACGCUCUCUGAGGCUAUGACUCGCAACUACAUGGUUACAGAUUUCGGCAGCGCGCAACAUUUAUGCUUACGGACUACCAAUGAGAUCACUUCUACCGUCCUUCGUGCCCCAGAAAUCAUUCUUCAGGGCCCAUGGGAUACUAAGGUUGAUAUCUGGGCAUUUGGAUGCCUGAUAUUCGAGUUUAACACUGGUGCCUCUUUGUUCAAAUAUAUACCUUUUCCGGAAUACAAGCUCGACGAACCGACAGGGCAUCUCUGGCAAAUGCUCUGCUUCACACGCGAGCGCAUGCUAAGCGACCAAGUAAACUCAAGCAAGCUUGGGGCUCACUCCUUCGAACCCUCGGUUGACAACCCCAUGUUCAGUGACCUGAAGGCACAUCCGACCAUAUUUAAUAACCCUUUUACCUUGUCUCUUAGGAACUAUAAGGUGAUGGGGGAGGAAGAUGUCCUUGCAACAGCAAAUAUUAUUAAGAGGUGUUUGCGCUUAAAUCCGAAGGACCGCGCAACGGCGGAGGAGCUACUCCAGGAUCCUUGGUUCCAUGGUGCAGCUUAA